AUGCUCCGCACAUCUUUGCGCUCAGCACGAGCUCUGGGCAGCCGACCGUCGGCCGCGUCUGCCCGCACAUGGCGCGUUGUCGGUGCCAGCCAGAGAUUCUAUGCCGAUGCCCCGAAACCGCCCGUCUUGCCGGCGUCUGAGACGAGAACAGCUGCCUCGAGCCCCGUGCCGCCGCCGCCCACGACGACCUCUGCCCGCAUUCCGUCCGACAGCGUGCCAUUGACGCCGCCGCCGCCACCCCCAGCGCCACCGGCGGCGGCUGCUGCUGCUGCUGCUGCUGGCAACGCUGCGCCGCGGCGAAAGGGCGGUUUCUUCCGCAAGCUGCGCAACUACGUGCUGACGCUGUCCCUCCUGGGCGCGCUGGCGUUUGGCGGCGGGGUGUGGUACUCGCGCAUCAACGACAACUUCCACGACUUCUUCACCGAGUACAUUCCCUUUGGCGAGCAGGCCGUGCUCUACCUCGAGGAGCUCGACUUCCGCAAACGCUUCCCCAACAUUGCCGAGCGCGUCGGCCACAAGGCGCGCGACACCGGUGCCAAUGUCCGUGUUCCUGCCCAGAGCGGUGCCUCGUGGCGCGUGGCCGACGUGGAGACGAGCCGCCAGUCGGCUGCGGUUCCCAAGAAGAGCGGUGCCGAGGCGGCCCCUGCUGCUGCUGCUGCUGCCGCCCCCGCCACCACUGCUGCUCCCAAGAAGGGCGGCGAUGCUCCCUCUGCACCAACUGUCCCGGCCAAGGCCGAGAAUCCCGCGCGCGCCAAGGAUGCCGUUGUCGAGUCGCCUGUGACCAACGCGGCCGAGGCCGCCGUGGUGGCCAACACCCAGGACGCGAAGACGACGACAGAGGCCGCCGCGGCCGCGCCGGCGUUCCGUGCGCCCGAGGUGGACGAGCCGUCGCGCUGGCCGCCCGCGUCGCCCAUUGACCCGCUGUCCGUCCCGGACGCGGCCGAGCCGGUGGUGCAGGACGUCGUGCGCCUGCUCAACGACAUCAUCACCGUGGUCAACGCCGACAAGGCCAACGGCAAGUACGCGGCGACGAUUGGCAAGGCCAAGGAGCAGGUCAGCAAGGUGGGCCGCAAGAUCCAGGCCAUCCGCGCGGCGGCCGAGACGGACGCGGCCGCGCAGGUGGCGGCCCGCACGGCCAGCUUCGACGCGGCCGCGCAGGACCUCGUGGCGCGCGUGGAGGCGGCCAUGGCGACGCAGGAGGCGCAGUGGCGCGCCGAGUUCGACGAGCAGAUGGCGGCCGUGCGCAGCAGCUACGACGCGCGGCUGCAGCUGGCGACGGCCCGCGAGCGCGAGCUCAGCGAGGCGAAGCUGCAGAACAAGCUGGCGGAGCAGGCCGUGCAGCUCACGCAGCAGUUUGCCGGCGAGCUGCGCGACCGCGUCGAGACGGAGCGCAGCGGCCGCCUCGGCCGCCUGGCCGAGCUGUCGGCGUCCGUGGCCGAGCUCGAGCGCUUGACGGCCGGCUGGACCGAGGUCGUCGACGCCAGCCAGCGCGCCCAGCAGCUGCACGUUGCCAUGGACGCCGUGCGCGCGCGCCUCGCCGACGACGAGGACGCCACCGCCAGUCACGGCGCCGCGCAGCCCGUGCUGCGGCCGUUUGUCAAGGAGCUCGUCGCCGUCAAGGAGAUUGCCACCGCCGACCCCGUCGUGGACGCCGCCAUUGCCUCCAUCCCCCCCGCCGCCUACCAGCGCGGCAUCGCCACCACGUCGGAGCUCAUCGACCGCUUCCGCCGCGUCGCCGGCGAGGUCCGCAAGGCCUCGCUGCUGCCCGAGGACGCCGGCGUCGCCAGCCACGCCUCGAGCUACGUCCUGAGCAAGGUGCUGUUCCGCAAGCAAGGCGCCGCCGCCAACGACGCCAACGACGCCCACGACGCCAACAACGCAGCCAAUGCCAAUGUCGAGACGAUCCUGACGCGCACGCAGGCGUUUUUGGAGGAGGGCAACCUGGACGGCGCGGCACGGGAGAUGAACGGCCUCAAGGGCUGGGCCAAGACGCUGAGCCGGGACUGGCUGGGCGAGGUGCGCAAGGUCCUGGAGGUGCAGCAGGCGCUGGAUGUCAUUACGGCUGAGGCUCGGUUACGGAGUCUGCAGCUGGAGAAGAGCCGGUGA